AUGUCGUACGCUAUGAUACGACACUUGCGCCAAACUGCUUUAUUAUCUCAGCAAAUAAGACUUGAGAGCACCAUGACCAACCUAACCCAAGAAGAUUUUGUAUUUCGACCACCAAUGGCUCAAUGGGGCAAAGUUAUAAGAGAAGCAGAAAAAAUAGUGGGAUAUCCAACCUCCUUCAUGAAUUUAAGAUGGUUAUUAAGUGAUGAAUUUGCCAAUUUGGCUACGCAUUUACGCAAAAUUGUAGGGAGUAACCAUCCCAUAAUGAAAACAGCAAAAACAGUUUUGUACAAUGAACAAAAUAAUCUCCAACCAUGGGGACUCAUAAUUUUACUACUAUCUAAAGCCAUCAGUCCUACCACACCCUCGAUAUUAUCAUCAACACUUACUGAGCAUCAAAGGAUGCUAGCAGAAUUAACAGAAAUGAUUCGUACAGGACACUAUGUUCAUAGAGGUCUUUUAAAUAUACCUGUUGAAGAAAGAGAUUCAACUAAGGAUACUUCAUUGUUUGCAAACAAAAUUGCUAUAUUAAUAGGUGACUAUUUACUUGUAACGGCCAAUGGAAUGCUGGCCAGAUUGAAAAAUCAAGACUUGUCUUAUUUAAUAUCAACAGCAUUGAGAGAUUUAAGUGAAGGAGAAUUUUUUGGGCCUAGAGAUAAUCAAAAUAUGCCACUGCCUGGUAAACCAAUUAAAAGGGAUAUUGAUUAUUUUAAAAUUAACAGUGAAACAGUGCCUUUAAAUGUGACAGAUAUUCUAGGGUCUCCAAAACGUGAAUGGACUUUAAGGACUAUGUAUAAUGGAGGCUCUUUGUUUGGUAGAGGAUGUGAAGGUGCAGUGCUGUUAGGUGGUAAAAGUAUUGCCGAACAGAAAAAAGCUUAUUUAUUUGGCUGCCAUUUAUGUUUAGCAUGGCAGGCAGCCAGUGAACUUCAAAAGUUUUCCUCGAACAGUAAAGAGUCAUUUUCAUUAGUGAGUGCCCCAGUUUUAUUUGCAUUAAAUGAUUCACCAGAUUUAUAUGAAGAUUUCAAGAAUUUGAAUAGUAUUUCUACUAUAAACUUUGUUGAAUUGAAGGCUAAGAUAUUAAAUUCUGAUGCUUUGCAUAAAACUGAGCAGCUUUAUAAAGAAAAUGCAGACAAAGCAAAGAGUUAUAUUGAAAUGUUUGGAGACAAUAAAUCAGUAAGCACUAUAAAACAACUAAUAAAAACUGUA